CAUCCAAAAUAUAAUAGAAUAAUUAUUUACCGAAUGAAUAGAAAAUAAGUUAAAAUAUUGAUUCAAUAAAGUAAAAUAUAAAGAAUUAGUUUAAAGAAUAAAUCUAUUAGAAAAAAAGAUAACUUACUCAUUAAAUAUAAAAAGGCAAUAUAUUUAUACUACUAAAAUUUUAUUCAAAGUAAUAGAAUAAACAAUUAAUAAAAAAUAAAUUUAAGUAAAAAUAAAGGAAUUUCAGCAAUCUUUUGAAAUUUGAACGCGUAUGAAAAUAAAAAAGUUGAAACAAUAAAAUUAUUGAAUUCAAUAAUUUAUUAAUGCGAAUAAUAUAUGAUUAAAACUUUUUUAAAGAAAUUAUUAUUUUUUUAAAUAAGCUGAGUAAUAUUUCUAAGGUUUAUUUAAGUCCUGUAAAUUAGAAAUUUGUAAAUUAUCAACUUUAUAAAUGUGACUGCUUAUUAGAAGUUAAAAAGUACCAAUUUUAAUGUAAAUCUGAAUAUGGGGAAGAAGUAAUAUUUUUCGAAAAACUUUUAAUAUAACCAAACUUGAUAAAUUAUCUAUCAGAAAAUUAUAGAUUCAUAUUUUAUUAGGACUUUAUAGUUAUUUUGAAGGGUAAAAAUAUUUAAAUCUUAUAUGUGUUUAUAUGUUGUGAAUAUAUUUUUACUAAAAUGGUUAAAAAUAAAAAAAAUUGGAGAAGGAUAUUAGAAUAUAAAUGAUAUCACAUUUGAUUAAUUUGAGGACAUGGAGCUAGUUAGAUAAUAAAUUUAUUAGAAAUUUGAUUUUUUAAUUUUUAUUUGAAUUGAUCUAACUAAAUUGAUAGUUUUCUAGUGUUUAUCGAAUAUUCUGUGAAUUGAAUAAAAGCAGUAGGU